GCGCGAUGCAUCUUUGCUUUACCUGAGUUGCGUGAAGGAUGCUGCACACGGAGGAUCGUUGUUUGACAUGCACUGACAUUUAAAAUGAGCCAUCUGAACCGUGCACAUCUCAUGCUUUUCGACUCCUGAAUGCACAGCGUGAUUAAACGCGUGCUUUUAAUCGGAGCGUAAUCUCCGUAGGCUCCUCUGACACAUUUCUAAACGUUUGUUAUGGGGGUCAACACAACAACCCGAGGCGGUUGGAUUUGAUUGUGACUACUAUUACGUGUUUUUACUUAUAUAUCAUAUAUACUUGGAUCAUCAUUUGCGCUCGUUGAUCAGCUAAGCUUGUGAAACUGCUUAACGCGGGUUGUUGUGUGUGGUGCUGAAAGGACAGCUCCCACCACAGCGGAUCAUAUGGAUCAAUAUUAGGGGUCUGACAGUGGCGCUCUCGGGCUUUAAUGGCUGUGGCACGCAAGAUCAAAACUCUGCUGACGGUCAACAUUCUGGUGUUCGUCGGGAUCAUCUUGUUCUCCGUCUACUGCAGGAUCCAGGACCGAUCCGAAGAGCUCGUGCAGAUCGGGAGGCUGUCGGAUCAGAGACUGCGAGGCAGGAAUGCCAAAGUUACGAACUCCAUGGACAGACAGUCCAUUCUCAAAAGGCUCGAGCGACUAGAAGAUGUGGUCUAUAACCAGUUAAAUGGUCUAGCCAAGCCCAUGGGUCUGGUGGAGGGUCCUGGAGGUCUAGGGCGUUCUCUGCGAGAACAUUGCAGCAAGAACCCGCUACCGAAGGCCGCCUCACCCGAAAAGCUGGCUGGCCAGGCCAUGGGACAGGCGGGGUGUAAGCAGUUGACCUACUCUGAUGACCUUCCCCAGAUCUCUGUCGUCUUCAUUUUUGUGAACGAAGCUCUCUCUGUCAUCCUGCGGUCUGUACACAGCGUGGUCAACCACACCCCGGCACACCUGCUCAAAGAAAUCAUACUGGUGGAUGACAACAGUGACAGCGUGGAGUUGAAGUUCAAUCUGGAUCAUUACGUGAAUAAGCGAUAUCCCGGCCUGGUGAAGAUCGUGAGGAACAGUAAAAGAGAGGGACUUAUACGGGCCAGGAUUCAUGGCUGGAACGCAGCCACUGCUCCUGUUGUGGGAUUCUUUGAUGCCCAUGUGGAGUUCAACACAGGCUGGGCUGAGCCUAUCCUCACAAGAGUGAAAGAAGAUCACACUAGGAUAAUCCUCCCUGCGAUAGAUAAUAUCAAGUACAACACCUUUGAGGUGCAGCAAUACGCUAAUGCAGCUCAUGGCUACAACUGGGGCCUCUGGUGCAUGUACAUCAUCCCACCACAGGAUUGGUUGGACAAAGGCGAUGAGACUGCCCCCAUCAGGACACCUGCAAUGAUUGGUUGCUCCUUUGUAGUGGAUCGUGAGUAUUUUGGAGAAAUUGGACUGCUUGACCCAGGCAUGGAGGUCUAUGGAGGAGAGAACAUUGAAUUGGGUAUGAGGGUGUGGCAGUGUGGCGGCAGUAUGGAGGUUCUCCCGUGUGCCAGAGUAGCUCACAUUGAACGCACAAAGAAACCGUACAACAAUGACAUUGACUACUAUGCCAAGCGGAACGCGUUGCGGGCAGCAGAAGUUUGGAUGGAUGAGUUUAAGUCCCAUGUCUACAUGGCUUGGAAUAUCCCCAUGAAUAACCCAGGAGUGGAUUUUGGAGACGUGUCAGAGCGUGUAGCGCUGAGAAAGAAAAUGAACUGCAGGAACUUUCGCUGGUACCUCGAGCAUGUCUAUCCUGAGAUGAGAAUUUACAACAACACCAUCACUUAUGGAGAGGUGCGAAACAGUAAAGCCAGUGGAUACUGCCUUGAUCAGGGGUCAGAGGAGGAUGACAGGGCCAUACUCUACCCAUGUCACGGCAUGUCAUCACAGCUGGCAAGGUACACCACUGAGGGCUUACUGCAGUUAGGAGCCCUGGGGUCGACUACGUUUCUGCCUGAUACAAAAUGCCUGGUGGAUGAUGGAAGAGGAAAGACUCCGAGCUUGAAAAAAUGUGAUGCUGUCACCAGGUCCUCCCAGAGGCUCUGGGAUUUUACUCAGAAUGGACCCAUCAUAAGUCGAGACACAGGACGUUGUUUGGAGGUUGAAAUGUCAAAAGAUGCAAACUUUGGCCUGCGACUGGUCGUCCAGCGCUGCUCAGGGCAGAAAUGGAUUAUUCGGAACUGGAUAAAAUACCCCAGACACUGAGGAACAUCCAACCUUAAAAAUAACCUCCCUGAGCUGGAGAGCAGCCAUAGACACAAACCCUAAGUCUGGGGUUGAGACAGACGAGCAGAACUCUCUUUCGGGGUAAAAUGCUUUCAAUAUAGAUGUCUAAAGGUGAAAUAUUGUCUUUGGACGCAUUUACUGUUGAGCGAGCAGAUAAAGCAGAAGGCCGUCAUCAAAAGAGAAAGACUUGCUCAUGGCAAGUCCUCUGUACAGACUCCCAGUUUACUGCAGCAUACUUGUGUUCCCGAGUGGAAUUCCGAUGAGCUGUCUUAGUGAAAUUCCGAGAGAAAUAUUCAAAAGAGUUGCGGAUAAACAAAGAGAGAGGAAGCGAAAGUUGCAAAACCCUCUGAGCAAAAUCUCGAUUUUUACUUCUUAUCAAUUGCCAUAUCAACACUUAUUUCUUCAGGCUGUGAAUUGCUUUGGAUAAUUGAAUAUCCACGUUGAAACUUUAAAUGGGUAUUCCAAGUGCUACAGAACAAAAA